UUUUUUUACUUAAUUUCAGAUUGUGAAACUGUCCUUCGAAAGGCAAAUUCUAAAAGGAAUGAUCAUAUACUUAUUAGAUAUUUCAAUAGUGUUAAUGAGUAUAUUACAAGGUACAUCGUGCAUAAAUUGCUUUAAAUGUUCUUCUAUAAAUGGAAGUAAUGCAAAUUGUGAAGACCCUUUCAACCCAGCGAUGUCCUCAUAUAUAGAAAAAUGCAUGGUACCAAAAAGAGGUCAUGUAGGAAUGUUUCCAGCAAAUUUUUGUACUAAAAUAAUUGGAAAAAACGAGCUCACCCACGAAGUUAUGGUCAUCAGGCAAUGCGCUAUGAAGACCAUGGACUCGCAGUGCGGCAAAUUCAAGUACCAAGAGCACACCAUGAACGGUUGCAUUCUGACUUGUGACUUCGACGGUUGCAAUUCGGGACACGACCGCAAGCCGAACGCGAUGUUGCACGUCGGGCUGUCCGCACUUCUGUUAGCACUGACGUCGUACUACAUCGACACGACCAUCGAAUGUUUUCAAUUCACUUAGGACGAUCGUUUGGUGCCAAUCAAACGUAGCCUUUUGAUUUGUAUAUUUUACAAUUGUUAAGUAAUUCAUUCGCUCUUGAUUGUUACGAUAUUAUUAUUAUUAUUAUUAU